GGCGCGGGGAGGAGUGUGUGCGGGGGAACGGGGCGCAGAGCACCUUUGGCGUUUGCCGCCGCUGCCGUCGGGCUCCAUCGGGUGCCCCCCUCGUCCCCCCCCCGCCGGCAGCCGUUCCGUUCCCUCCCGACCUCUCUGUCUCUCUCUCGCGGCCAUGUCGUCGCCGUCGUCUGGAGAGCGGUAUGAGGAAGAAGAGGAGGAGGACGGCGCCUACGAGAGCCAGGCCAAGCGGCUGAAACCCAGCGCCGCUGCCGAGGAAGGCGAGAUCGAGUACAGCGGCGCGGAGGAGAGCGAGAACCGGCGGGACAAGGUCCCCCCGCCGCGCGGAGGGGGCUUCUCGGGCGGGGAUGCUGGGGGAAGUCAUCACAAAGUCUCUGUUUCUCCUGUUGUCCAUGUCCGCGGGCUGUGUGAAUCAGUUGUGGAAGCAGAUCUUGUGGAAGCCCUUGAAAAGUUUGGAACCAUAUGCUAUGUCAUGAUGAUGCCAUUUAAGCGCCAGGCUCUGGUAGAGUUUGAAAAUGUAGAAAGUGCAAAGAAAUGUGUAACAUUUGCAGCAGAUGAACCUGUAUACAUUGCUGGGCAGCAAGCCUUUUUCAACUACUCAACAAGUAAAAGAAUUACUCGUCCAGGGAACACUGAUGACCCGUCUGGUGGAAAUAAAGUUCUCCUGUUGUCAAUUCAGAAUCCUCUCUACCCAAUUACAGUGGAUGUCUUGUAUACUGUAUGCAACCCUGUUGGAAAAGUUCAGCGCAUUGUUAUAUUCAAGAGAAAUGGAAUACAAGCUAUGGUUGAGUUUGAAUCUGUGUUUUGUGCCCAGAAGGCGAAGGCUGCACUCAAUGGAGCAGAUAUCUAUGCAGGAUGCUGCACACUAAAAAUUGAAUAUGCAAGGCCAACUCGGCUAAAUGUCAUUAGAAACGACAACGAUAGUUGGGACUACACUAAACCAUAUCUGGGCCGACGAGACAGAGGGAAGGGCCGCCAGAGGCAAGCUAUUUUGGGAGAGCAUCCAUCAUCAUUUAGACAUGAUGGUUAUGGAUCACAUGGUCCUUUGUUGCCCUUGCCAAGCCGGUACCGAAUGGGAUCUCGGGACACUCCAGAACUUGUUGCUUAUCCAUUGCCUCAGGCAUCCUCCUCCUACAUGCAUGGUGGAAAUCCUUCUGGGUCAGUUGUCAUGGUUAGUGGGUUGCAUCAGCUAAAGAUGAACUGUUCAAGGGUCUUCAACCUGUUCUGCUUGUAUGGAAACAUUGAGAAGGUGAAGUUUAUGAAGACUAUUCCAGGCACGGCACUCGUUGAAAUGGGUGAUGAGUACGCUGUGGAAAGAGCUGUCACACAUCUCAACAACGUCAAGUUAUUUGGAAAGAGACUUAAUGUCUGUGUUUCCAAACAGCAUUCAGUAGUUCCAAGCCAGAUAUUUGAACUGGAGGAUGGCACAAGUAGUUACAAGGAUUUUGCAAUGAGUAAGAAUAAUCGCUUCACCAGUGCUGGCCAAGCAUCUAAGAACAUCAUCCAACCACCUUCCUGUGUCCUGCAUUAUUAUAAUGUUCCCUUGUGUGUAACUGAAGAAACAUUUGUAAAGUUAUGUGAGGAUCAUGAAGUACUCAGCUUUAUUAAAUACAAAGUGUUUGAUCCAAAACCUUCUGCCAAAACACUGUCUGGUUUAUUGGAGUGGGAAUGUAAGACAGAUGCAGUGGAAGCUCUCACUGUACUUAAUCACUACCAGAUUAGAGUUCCAAAUGGCUCCAACCCUUAUACCUUGAAGCUUUGCUUCUCUACUUCAUCCCAUUUAUAGAGAAGAGGACAACAUGUUAAGAGCUGCAUUCAUCUUGAUUUGCAAGUUUAGAACUACACUUCGUUCACAAAGCUCUAAAGUGGUUCUUCUAAUGUUGCCUUGUUUCAACUUAAUUCUAAUAUCUUUUAUCUUGUUUUAUAAUAAAUGGAUGUUUCUUCAUAAAUACAAAACAGAUUUUUUUCUUUUUGCCUCUGAGAAGUACAUGUUGUAAGCUUACUACAAAGUUUGUAUUUUGUUAGUGUAGUAUCUUCAAAUGUCUAAAGAAGCACCAGUAGUAUAAACAAGAUUGUUUUUUUCCAAAAAUGAAAUGUAUUUGCAUUUCUGGUAAUGUUAAAGAUUAGCAAGUAUUUUUCCAUUUGUAGUCUUAAUUGGCAGAUAGAACUAUUACAUCAGAAUUUUAAAUGUAGAACUUGUUUUUUCAGUAUGUUAAGUAGUGAAGUAUGUUGCAAUACUUAAAAGCUUGUAUUUAUAAAAUGCUUUAACCAGGUUAAUGUUGCACAUACCAAAUUUUUAGUAGUAUAUUUGAUUUAUAGUUCAGACAAAGCUAAUGUAGACAAUUAUUAAGUACGUACAUGUGUAUGGGUGUGAAUUCAUACUUAUUUAAAGUGGUUUUAGUUUUUUUAAAAAAAUAUUUUCCAUUUGCAUUAGCAUGAUGCCAUCUAUAGGUAGUCCCACCAUAAGGGCCUUUUAAAAUUAAAAUUGCAAGCCUGUAUCAGUGUGUUCAUCCUCAUUUUCCAUAUUUCAAACUUAAAUCUUCAAUGUUUAACAUAUCCUCUUGACUCUAUUUUUUUUAUAAUAGUGUUUAUGACAUACUAAAUGGCAAAAGUUGGAUGUGGGAGAAGAUUGAUCACAAUAGAAACCAAGGUGGUAAAAAUAGUUAAAAACAAAAAGCAAGCCCCACCAUGCUCUUAUACCUGGACUAUUAAUUUGAUAUUUCUUUUGUAUGUUUUAUCAUGUUAUGAACAUAAAAGAAUUCAGAAGUCUAGCCCCUCAGUUGAACUGAGGUAUUAAAGUGAGGUAAUCUAGGUGAGAUCCAGACAAUGUAACUAUUUACAUGAUGUGAAAUUAACAAGGUGAGAAGUGUUUCAGUUCAGGGAAGAUGAUCUGCUCUGUCCCAGUACUUUGAAACCUCUGUUCUCUCUUCUGGAACUGGAGUUCUGUCUCACUUGGGCUAAACUGCCAGAAGUGGGAAGCCAAGCAGGGAAGUCUGGGCUCUGUCUUUUUGGCUCUGAGUUUGUUCCCUUUUCUGAAUUUGUAGCAAGGUGUUUAGGGCUUCUUCUGGUUCUGUAAGACUUAGUGAUCAGAGAGGUUAUUUUACCAGAUAUAUUACAUUUUAUCACACAAGUUCUUUGUUCUGUCUUACGGGCAUUGUACAGGUCUUUAAAUACAGGCUGGAUUUUUCUGAUUCUUAAUUUCAAGGCAAAUACACCUUAUCAUACAAAGGAAAAUGUGUCAGCUGACUCUUCAGGUUUUGUCAUCAACAAUGAUUCCAUUUUGCCCUAUCUACCUCCAUUUUGUUUGUGUUUCAGGUAUUCAGGUUAGGCUUCUGUUAUAUCUGAACUAAGAGCUGAAGGACAGCUGCUCCUUGGCAGCUUUUCUGCAUAGGAUUUGGAGUAACACUGGCCACAUGUCUGGGUAGGUGGCAAACUGACAUGUAUUUUAGGGGCACUGAUAGUUCUUUCAGCUUCAGUGCUUUUCCCCAAGAAAUGGCUUCCACAGAGCUCCAGCUUAUAGAAAGCUAUGUGCCAUGUCUUGCUGCUUACCAACAGAAAAUGCAGGGUGCCAGUGAAAAAUGUUCUUUGCUAUCUAGUGUUUCAACAGCAAAAGGUCUCCUUGUCAUUCAUUUCUCUUCCAUCAACUUGAAUGUUCUGUGGAAACCUGUCUCUUCUGUCAUAACUUGCAUCGCUAUUGCUGUAGUUUCAUAAGCCAAGUUGUUUUUGUAGUUGAGCAUUAAAAUAGUAUGGUAUCUGUUGGUGCAGUUUGGGAUAGAGGAGGAUGAGUUACCCUUAAAGCAGUCAGGUUUUACAUUAAAACAAAACAAAACAAGCACUUUAAUGUUUCAUUGUCCUCAAUGGAUCACAGCAUUUAGUGCCUAGGGUAGUCAGGUGAAAGUCUGUGGCUGCCCAGAUCAGAGGACAGACUAGUUCCAGCUGUGUAUGAGAGGACUUGAUACCAGCUGGAAGUCCCAAAUGGAAGAUGAGUAACAUGUGCCACAUAGGGAAGAAAGGAGACUGAAAAAUUGUUCAGGCUUCUUUCUGUUUAAAAUAUUAGUCUUAUUAAUGUAAAAUCUGAUAAUAGGAAAGAUUCCUUGUUGGUGUUUUGCUGGAAAAAGAAAACAGUGUUCUUUUGUGCCUAAAAGGGUGGAUGCUUGUGUUCAGGGAGGAAUGAGGUUGGUCUCCUCCUUCCACUAAUGAGGUCUGUUUUCACCUAUUAUUCAUGCUCUUUAGAGCCAAAACAGUGGGACAGGUGAAAGGUUAGUUGCUCCAAGGUGAGUGAAGUUUGUCUAUCAUUUGACAGUGGUAUUAAUUAAAAUUAAACCAUUAAGGUGUCUCAGUGCAGUUUUUUCUGUCUCUUUUGCACGAGCCAUAGAAGUAAAAGAGUGAACAUUGCUAUGCACAUUGCCUGCUUGUAAGCAGCUGGCAUUUACAUGGUAAUAUCUUCAUGUCUGUUCUGCUGUUUAUUGUUAAAAAAAAAAAAAAAAGUUUAUUUUUUCUAAUGGAUCACCUUUCAUUGGAGGUAAAUGAUAUAUUGAGGUGGAGAUCUGUUUGUCUUCUCUCAUGACCUUCUAAUCCUUGUUUGUUUAUUGUUCUUAUAUGUAAGAAGGGGGAAUAGUUGCUUUUUGACUUUCUAUACCACCACAGCAAGAUAGAGUGUAUCACUAAGUUGAUAUAAGACAAGAUUUAAAAGAAACCAUUGAAGAAGUGUUUGGGUGUGCUCCUUGAUGAAAGGAAUGAUACAACUUAAUGUGGUGUCACUAAGCCUGCUUUUGGUAAGGGAUAAUGUUUGGAGUAGGCUGGCUUGUAACUGGCUGAAACCUCUUUGUUGUAAUUAAAUGCAACUUGCUCCUUUU